AUGCUGCCGCUGCUCCUCCCGGCACUGCUGGCCGCCUGCCUGCCGCCCUGCCAGGGCUGGAGCCCCUCGGCGUCUGCCGGCGGGCAGGAGGAACAGGAGCAAGAGCUCUUCUUGCCCCCUGUCAACUCCUCCUCCCGCUCCUUGGCCAGUCUCGAGAUGGACCUCGACGGGGCUGUCGACGGGGCUGUAAGCAAGGAGGAAGGCAGCACUUCCAUCCCGAGCACGCCGGCCGCCCCUAGCCAAGAGCCUUUCUCUUCUGCUCCCACCUCCUCCGGGCAGCAACAGCAGCAGCGUCCACAGCCUGCCGAGGACCCUCACUGCAAUAUCAGCGUGCAGCGGCAGAUGCUGAGCUCGCUGCUGGUGCGCUGGAGCCGCCCGUUGGGGAUCCAGUGCGACCUCCUGCUCUUCUCCACCAACAGCCACGGGCGGGCUUUCUUCUCCGCCGCCUUCCACCGCGUGGCGCCGCCGCUGCUCAUCGAGCACCUGGGGCUGGCGGCCGGCGGUGCCCAGCAAGACCUGCGCCUCUGCGUGGGCUGCAGCUGGGUACGGGGCCGGCGGGUCGGCCGCGUGCGGGGCACCGCGCCCCAGCCUGCCGCCGCUGCCGCCUCCUCCUCCUCCUCGCUUUCCUACCCGCCGGCGGCGGAGCCCGGCCAGUACUGGCUGCAAGGGGAACCGCUGAAUUUCUGCUGCGUGGAUUUCAGCCUGGAGGAGCUGAAGGGGGAGCCGGGCUGGCGGAUGAACCGCAAGCCCAUCGAGUCUACCUUGGUGGCUUGUUUCAUGACUCUGGUCAUCAUCGUUUGGAGCGUGGCCGCCCUCAUCUGGCCGGUGCCCAUCAUCGCCGGCUUCCUGCCCAACGGCAUGGAGCAGCGCCGCGGCACCACUGCCGCCGCCACCACCACCGCCACCGCCGCCAAGUAG